AUGAAGCGCAAAGGUGUUUGCCCAGAGUCUAAUUGGCCUUACAUUACUCGUCACUUUCAUGAGGAACCAUCUGAUUCAUGCUAUGUUGCUGCUGAAGGUAACUGGGUGUGUGAAUAUGAAAGUCUUGACCAAGACAGGGAUCAGCUUAGAGCUUGCUUAAUUGAUGAGUGCCCAUUUGUUUUUGCCUUUAAAGUCUGUGACAGUUUUAUGGAUAUGGACAGGAGAAAUGAAUGUAUUAUGCAGAUGCCAAAUGAAGAAGAACAAGGUACUGGGUCUUGUGUUAAUCAUACUGUUGUUGCUGUUGGUUAUAAUGAUGGAUGUAGGUGUUUCAAGGUGCUCAAUAGCUGGGGUUCAGAUUGGGGAGAUAAGGGAUAUUUCUACAUGCCAUAUGAAUUUAUUGAGGAUCCUUCUCUCUGUUAUGACUUCUGGAAGAUUUCAUUUGCCUGUCAACGAGGGGCACCCCAUCCUGAUAAGAAUUCAAGUAGGAGGUCCAAUCAAGGAGCUAGUGGCUUUGUGUCCAUUAAUAUAAGGUGGGAUACACAGCGGCAGGCAGUUGACCUCUACACUGAUAACAAGAAUUAUUGA